AUCCUGCAUGUGAUUAACCGUACACAAUUAUAUGUGACUGAUUUACGAUCGUCAUGCUUAUAUCUAAUGCUCGGAUGAUUAUGUUUUAACAAUAAGUUGAAUUGAGCAUUUGAGUAUUUUUGUAUAAUGGAAGCCUAUUAACUGCGAAAAUCCAGUUUAGGCGGAAAGUGUUGUCACUGAUUAGCCGCGCGGCCUGCACAGGCGAAUCUGGGCGACACUACGGCCUGCACAGGAGAAUCUGGGCGACACUUUACCUACAUGCAUUACAUCCCGUUUUCCCAGAGCUUGGAUCAUGAACUAUGAUGGCUACAGGACUGACUGGGACAACUUUAAGAUUUCCACUUUCAAACCGACUACACUGAAACCGGAAAUGUCGUGGGUCGAUGACCAAAACAACCAGUACAACCACAAUAACCAGUACGGGAUGGAGCCAUCCCAAAGCAGCCAAGACGCGACACCGUUGCGCCUAGGGGGCGGAGAGAUCACGGGGAUAAUUGUGGGAGUCGUUUUCUUCGUCGUGAUGAUGCUUGUCAUAUGCUGCUGGUACGUGUUCAACUCGGCCAUAAAGCGUCGACAAGAGCGACUCGAAGACGCACGCCCUCUGGUGACCAACAUCCCUACCACACCUUCCAUGCAGCGCCUCCCCACCCAAGGCUCGACACAGGUCGCCAUUCAACCCGGUUACCGGCUUGCCGCCGCACAGCCCGGUGCCCCUGCCACCAGGGGAGCACUAGGCCUAAUCAUCGUCCGACGCGUCUUCUGCAUAGCCAGUGUCGCGCGAGCCGAACCGGCAGUGCCGGUGUCGCCGCCUCCAUAUGAAACGCUGGGUCCUGUCACGACGGAAAUGUGUACAUCGGAAGGUGUCCUUAAAGAAAGCGAUUCGCCACCGCCAUAUAGGGAGAGAUACUGACACAGAAAUUAUAAAAGAUGCUUUUACACAAAUACGCCGCUAUGUGCUGUGCGCCAUUACUUUGAAUGGUUGUGUCCAUAUUCGUUUAAGGGUAUUGUUGCAAUGUGCAUACUUUGUGACAAAUUAACCAGCCGUUGAAUGAAUGGAUGUGAUGUGUCUGUAAAAUGUCUUUUUGUAUGUGUCUACAUGCAUGUUGUAAUUAUUCAAAUUGACAUGUUAACCCAUUUAUGCCGAGCGUCUAGAAAAAAAGGCAUUGGCAAACAGCAUAGACCCAGAUGAGACGCUGCAUGAUGCGGCGUCUUAUCAGGGUCUGUGCGGUUUGCUUCAAGGAAUUUCUAUAGGAAAUAUUCUAAAUAUAGAAAUAAAUAUACUAGACAUGGAAAUAAAUUGAUACAAUUUAAUAGGAUGGAAGAGUCCACUAGUCAUAAAUGGGUUAAAGUAAACUUUUUCUUUGAGAUCUACUAAGAUCCACAACGUACAGUAUCAAUUUAAGACAUUUUAAUUUUGUUAUUGGCGCUUGUGAUAUUCCUGUUGAUUGCUUUUAUGAAUGCAAUGACAAUAUUUAACAUUUUGUAAUAAUAAAAUUGUUCUUUAUAAAAUUAA